UUUCACCGACCGGCCCAAGCAAAUCGCCUAUCAUAUCACUCCAUAUUCUCUCUCUCUGUCUCUUUGCCGGCUUUGCCUGUCACUUAUUGCCGAAAUGCCACCUAUAUCGCCGCCGCGGAACGCCGACAGCAGUCGGAGCAACAGCGUUUCCGGUAAAAGCUCCGGGUACUGAGAUACUCCGGGUAAAACUACCCGGAAGAAAUAUAUUUUCGAAAAAAAAUAUAUUUGUUUUUUUUUCGAGUAAAAUUGAUCGAAAAAAAUAUGGACUCGGACGUUACUAUUCCGAUUGGUUGUUUGAUCGAGAUCUUGCUAAAAUAGUUGGUUGUAUACGCUUAAAGUGACCGUUGUGGUUUAAGUAUGGUGUUGUUGUCCGGACUUCACGCUAGAUCAGUAUUUUUUGUAGUUUUGUUCGUUUUUCGAUUUACAUCGCAAAAAAUUUCGUCCUUUCAAUCAAACAAUUUGAGAAACCAAGUCAGCAUAUUCGAUACUCCAUACAUCGACACAGCAUACUGCAGAAGUAUUCCAGGACUGACCAGACGACAAAUUGAACUUUGCUAUCAACAACCUGAUUCGACAAUGGUCGUAUUAGAAGGUUUGAAUAUAGCUGUAAAAGAAUGCCAGUACCAAUUUCAGUCUGAUCGAUGGAAUUGUUCUUCGCUUAGUACAAAAGGAAAAAAUCCGUAUAUUAGUACAAUGCUACAGAAAGGUUAUAGAGAAACUGCCUUUGCCUAUGCCAUAUCUUCAGCAGCCGUUACCAUCUCCGUAGCCAGAGCCUGUAGCUCCUCUACCCUCCAGAACUGCGGUUGCGACUCCAAAGUCUACAAAAUCCGACCCUACAAGCAAAUAUACAAGGAGCACGACCGCCUGAUCAGCGAAAAAUACAAACAAACUAAAGAGAACGGAGUUCUGGAGGAGAAUACUGGCUCCUUCGUGCCAAAUGAUAAUUUUCAGUAUAGUAGUUAUGUUAAAAACCAACAAUAUGUUGGAUCUAAGGAAGGUUAUUAUGGAAAUAAUGAUCCGGAAGAUAUGAAAGUGUCUUGGAAAUGGGGUGGAUGCUCUCAUAAUUUGAGGUAUGGCAUCAAAGUGUCGAAGAUGUUUUUGGAUGCGAGGGAGACGGCGGAUGAUAUACAUUCAAAGAUAAAUUUGCACAACAAUCAAGUAGGAAGAAUGGCUGUGAAAAAUAAUAUGCAAGUUCGGUGCAAGUGUCACGGUAUGUCUGGAAGCUGCAACCUGAUGACCUGCUGGAGAUCGACGCCAGACAUGCGAAACGUCGGCAGAAUUCUGAAGGAGAAAUUCAAAUCGGCCAUACUGGUCGACCAGUCCAAUUUCGGAAAUAAGAAUUUGCGAAAAUUCAACCUUGCCAAUCCGAAAUCAUCAAACAACAAACAAAGAAGAAGACAACAAUGGACACCAAGAAAAAAUAAAAGAAAAAGGGAUCUGUCCUCUGAUUUGCUAUAUUACCAAAAAUCUCCCGAUUUUUGUGACAAGGACAGUACCAUGGAUGUUCUGGGAACCAGUGGCAGAUCCUGUAACACAAACAAAUCAGCGACAUUCAACAGCUGCGAGUCACUAUGCUGUGGAAGAGGCUACAACUUGGUGAAACAACGAAAAAUUGAACGAUGUAAAUGUACAUUUAUAUGGUGUUGUAGAGUGGAGUGUGCAGUGUGCACGAUCGAAGACUAUGUCAGUGUAUGUAAAUAAACUCGAUGUACAAAGAAAAAAUAAACACUAAAUCUAAAUAAACUAAAAAAUAAUAAGUAAAUAAAAAUGAAAUAGUAGUUCAUACAUUGUAGUAUGAAGUAGUUCCGAGAUCCCAAUAAUGGGGCUCCAAUUUGGGACACCCUGUACAUAAAGAUAAGGUCUAUAAGUCUAUCAAAAAUCUAUCACACUUUAAGUAUUGUAAGAGAUUAAAAAAAAUGUUCUUCUGCAUAAUUAUAUUUAUUGGAAAUAAACAAUAAUACAAUCAAUGAAUAGGCCAAACAAAACACAAGAGCUGUAUCUGAUUUGUUUAUUGAAAUUCAAUAAGGUAUUAAUUCAUUGGAUAAAACAAAAUGAACGUUGAAUUUAUUCAAACGGUUGCAUUCUAGUGGUCUUUUACCAGACCGCGUAGUGUAAUGGUAGCCUUAUAAAUAGGGAUGUUCAAAAAUAUCGACAUGUAAAAUAUCGAUACACUUUUGCCAAUAAUUUUUAUUAUUUGUUUUGAAUUAUUAUUUUUCAGAUUCCAUCUAAACUACUUAAAAUUAAGUAUUGAAUAAUGUGAUAAAAAAAAUCUGUGUUUAUUUAUAGCACAAAAUUAACAUAUAGUCCUCAUCAUACAGAAUUCUUUUUAUUAGUUAGAGUUUUUGCUUUGAUAUACCGGGGGCGUCUCAAAAGUGGGUCACUCCUAUAACUUUUUUAUUUUUUCAGAUAAAAAAACGAGAUUUGGUAUGUUAGUAUAUGACAUAAAUUAGGAUUGAUUGACGUAUUCAAUUGUUUUCGGUCAC